AUGGACGGGCUACUCUCCGCGAGCCAGGCCCAGGCGAUCGACUCCACAAAGGAGACGUUCUUCAACACCUUCAUCCCGGGCUUCGCCGAAUACGGUCCGGCGCCCACUCUUACCCGCAGCUUCGUCGCUGAAGCCACGCCAACGGGGAAGGCUUGGACGCUGUCAAGCCUCAACGCGCACCGUUCGACUAGUGGUGACGACGACGAUGUAUGGUGGAGAUCCGAACCCUCUAAUAUUCCGAAGCUCGAGCACACUGCAUGUCGCGAGAUUGUCGACGAAGACUUCGCCCUCGACGAGCAGGCGGCCAAUGAUACGCAAACAGUCCUUAACCAUCCCAACCUCAUCCGUAUGGUGGAGCACGACGGCUUCGGAACGUUGUAUACGCGCAAGGAGACGGCUUGGGAGUACUGCAAUGCCGGAACGCUUAACGGGCUACUUCUUGCCCACCAAGGGGAGGGAUUGCCGGAGUCGCUUAUCUGGCACACUCUGGUCUCGCUACUACAAGCAGUCUUCCACCUACGCACUGGUAGGUAUACUCUGGAGUCGGGACAAGACUCAACGCCUCUGCCCGGUUGGAAGCCUAUUGCGCACAACUGCAUAACCCCUGUGAACAUCUUUUACUGCCAUCCAGGUAAGACGAGCGGCUUUCGAGUGCCAACAUACGGCGACUGCAAACUUGGCAAUUUCACACAUUGCGUUGUGUUCAAGGGCGCACGCCAUUCGGUCACUUUGUUGGAACUACUUAACUCAAACACUGAUGGCGAAAGUACGGGUUACGAAGCGCCCGAACUCAGCAGCUUCCACCCUCAACCCAGCAUUCGUGGUUCAUCCGCAGAUGUCUGGUCUGUAGGCGCUGUGGCUGUGGCAAUGAUGCUGGGAGGUCGUUCACUUUGGGACUUGGUCAUGACUGAAAACAUCAAUGUCAUGAUGAUGUCGAGAAGAGACGAAGAUUGGCGGAGUGUGAACGCCAGUGAGAGAUUCGACAGGUUGGCCGCACUUUGUGGAGCUGAGAGUGAAGUUCUUCCGGAUGGCGGCCUGAGAGGAUCGACGGCGUUGGUGGAUGCACUACCCUUCGUUUACUCUCCGUCGCUCAAGAGUUGGUUGCAACGCAUGGUGCAUCCUUCACCGGCGGCGAGGCCAAGCGUUGAAGAGGUUCUGCGUGGUGUCACAGCGGCUUAUGCGAAGAUCAAGGCAGAGGCGGAUCAACAAGAAGGUGAUAUGGCGGACGAGUAUGUUGUGGAGGGCGAGCCAGAUCUCGUGAGAUGUGUCACUCCCGUGAAAUGUCCAGCCCGCAUGCUGAAUGCGCAGGUGGUAACUCAAUUUUCUCUUUCUAUUGCCUCUCGCCUUCCCUUCCAUACUAUCUGUCACUGCGCAGCCGUCCUCGCCAUGCUUGACGACGCCCUGCCAACGUUCUUCUUGAAGCCUGCAAACGAUGGCGUUGCUCAUCACCGCAAUCUUUUCCUUUCUCACCGUGGUUCUGAGAAAGAGCCAGCAUACACCUUGAAGCAGACCGACCCAGCCUCGCCACUACCCGCACACAAGAACUGUUACGGGGUGGCAAUAUUCGACGCAUAUAACCAAGACAUCCUGUAUGGCGAAGUACUUGCGCGGCCGGGUUGGACGCAGCCCACAUUGUCGCAAGAGGAUAUCAAGCGAAACGGUGGCGUCCCACCGCCCCCGGAGCCGGUCUUACCCCAUGAAUUCACCAUCCAACUUUACAAUCCUGACCAGCAGGUACGAGUAGAGCUGAAGGAAGGCCGUUGGGGCGGCAGCGACUCGUAUGAGUUCAGCAUGCCCAUCAACACCUUCCGCACGCCUUCUGCAUCAAAUCUGGACCGCGGUCAAUCCGAUCCAGCAAGCUUGGCUGUCACACCCAAGGUGCACUUUGCGUGGCGGAAGGAGAGCAAGCUGAGCAAGGACUUGACAUGUUUCAUGACGGGCAAGAGCACGGAUGUGCACGAGAAGAAGAGGAGUCGGCGAGAUCCAGAUAUCGCCAUUGCGCUGUGGCGGAGUUUGCGGGAGUUGACCGUCUACGAGCCGAACUUGGGUCGAGUAGAUAUGGAGGAUCCCAAAGGUCUGGAGAUCACUUUGCUGCUAAGUGCUGUCGUCAUUACGGAUCUCUAUUUCGGCGGCAAGGAUCACAUGAAGGAGACGUUCAACAUCGCAGACCUGCCGUCAGAGCGCAAAUUGAGCGGAGGUGGACGGAAGCUGUCCAACCCGCAACAGACGCAUAUCGGCUACAAUGCACCGAACCUGCUGGCUUCGCAGCCUGCACCUCCACAUAAUGCUGUGAAUGAUGCGAGGCGAACCCAGCUACCAAAACUGCAAACCACGCCACCGCAACCCAGUAGCGCACGGCCCCCUCCGAUGCCAGACCCGCGCGCAAACUGGGCCCUCGAAGCCGAGACCGCCCGCUUGCGCGCACAAGCCGAAGCAGAAGCGCGCCGCGAGGAGCGUCGGCGCAGAGAGCGCGAAAAGGCCGAUGAAGCCGAAGCGAGACGCCUACAGAAACAGCUCGAGGAAGAAGAGAAGCAGCGAUAUCGAAAACAAGCCGAAGUCGACAAGGAGACCGAGCGGCUGAGGAAGAUGUACGGUGUCCAACCCUUACCUUCGCAGCAGUACCCGCCUCAAGCCAACAGCUCGAGACCGCAGCAGGCACAAACGGGCCUUAUGCCGCCCCCGGUACCUCAACACCGUCCUCGCCAAAGUCUAGGCAGCAAUGGAUUGUAUAUGCAACCCUCGGCCAGCUCUAAUGCGUUGGUAAUGAGUGGUGCGAAUCCGCAUGCGAGCUCGUUGAACGUCAAUCCUGCGGGUGCGAAGCACAAGAAGAGCUUUUUUGGGUUAAGGAGCAUAGCACAAUAUGCAACCCCGAUCGCUUCUGGCAAUGGUUUUAGACAAGUUGCCGACUCCGCGAAGAAUAGUGCGAAGCACGAGAGCCCUGCCUCCAAGUGGUUACGGUGGGAAAGGGGCGCGUACAAUCCUGAAGGCACUGCACCCGACUGUCAUAGCGUAUGCCUCAAUGCUUAG